CGUGACCGUCCGCGUGACGUAUUAAGUAAUCAGGAAGUGAAGGCUCGAGACAACUGGGGUGAAAAUGGUGUCUCUGAUCUGUACGGUCCAAGGACACCGUGAUGAUGUGAACUGCUGCGCCUUCUCCGCCGCGCUCCUUGCCACCUGCUCGGCGGAUAAAACCGUGCGACUCUACUCCACCCAGGACUUCACCGAGCUCCCGUUCUCGCCGCUCUCGGGCCACGGGUACGGCGUGCACUGCUGCUGCUUCAGCCCGUGCGGCCAGUACCUGGCGUCCUGCUCCACCGACGCCACCACGGUGGUGUGGAACACGGGCAGCGGGGAGAUCGAGGCCGUGCUCGAGCAUCCGGGCAGAAGUCCGGUCAGGGUGUGCGCCUUCUCGCCCGACUCCUCCUGUCUGAUCUCAGGGGCGUCAGACGGCUCCGUGGCUCUGUGGGAUUUCCCAUCCAGAACUCUGCGCAGGACCGGCGGCGUUCCCGACACUACCAUGGUGGCGUGUUCCUUCAGUCCGUGCGGUCAGCUGUUCGCUACAGGGUCCACGUAUGGAGACCUGCGUAUCUGGGACCUGAGCAUGAACCAGCUGCAGGCUGAGAAGUACGCCCACGACCUCGGGGUCACCUGCUGCCAGUUUGCUCCGCAGAUCAUGACCGAUAAACCGGGCCGUAUGGUGCAGUUCCGCUUGGCCUCCUGCGGUCAGGACAGCUUGCUGAAGAUCUGGUUGGUUUCUCAGAACUUCUCCAGAGGUUGUAAGAUGCAGCUGGUACACACACUGUCGGGUCAGAUGUCUCCAGUCCUGUGCUGUGCCUACUCUGCAGACGGACAGCUGUUAGUCUCUGGGUCGAUGGAUAAGACUGUGGCGGUUUAUGAAGCAAUUGGUGGAGUCCUGCUCUAUACUCUGAAUCAGCACGAGAGGUACGUGACGGCAUGCGCGUUCUCCCCGAUCGCCCCCCUCAUAGCGGCGGGUUCCAUGGACAAAACGGUGACCGUGUGGCGGGUGGAGGACGGCUGCAGCACUCAGGGUGCUGGACCUGAGGGCAAAUGUCUUCCAGAUGAAGUUCCUUGCGGCUCACAGGAAGCAGGCAGAAAGUGGGCGGGUCAUUCCAGGCUGACGGUGAGCGAUUGGUCGGAGGACGAUGUGUCGGCAUGGUUACGGGAGGAGGGCCUAGAGGGUGUCGUCGACACGUUCAGGGCCAACAACAUCGAUGGAGCGGAACUGCUCUCGCUCAGCAAGGAGAGCCUUAGCUCGGAGCUUCGUAUAGAGUCGCUGGGUUUGCGCAGUAAAAUCAUGCGGAAGAUCGAGGAGCUGAAGGUGGCGCCGGUAUCAGACGGCGUUCCUGACGAGUUCCUCUGCCCCAUCACGCACGAGGUCAUGAAGGACCCCGUCAUCGCUGCAGAUGGCUACUCCUACGAGCGCGACGCCAUCGAGAGCUGGAUCAAGACCAAGAGCCGCUCGAGCCCCAUGACCAACCUGCCUCUGCAGACCACGCUGCUUACCCCCAACCGCACCCUCAAAAUGGCCAUCUGUCGCUGGACCAGCAGCCAGUGAUUACACCGCGCGCACACACACACACACUCUCUGUCUCUCUCGCUGAGACGUGGCCUGAGGGUCGACCAGAUGUGUAUUUAAUGCUGUAACGACUCUGAAUCCUGUAUGCUGUGAGCGAACCCUAAAUCCUGGAUCGGCCGGCAUCAUAUGAAAAAAAAAAAAAAAAAAAAACCUGCUUCCUCGUCGUCCAGACACCGGCUUACAGCGUGACGCUAAACGCAGGUAGAAGAUUAGAAUGUGCAUUAGAUUUACAGAUUCAUACAUUGAUCAUCAAUUACUUCAUCCAUCUUAGGAUUUUAAUUUCUAUAUUAAUAUUUAAAAAAAUCGAUUUGGGAAAAAGUGCGAUACACAAAAUGAUAUGUUAAACGUUUUAAGUUUUAAUUUGAUCCUGAAUUACCUUAUUAUCUUUGAGAUAUUCUACAUUAAUUAUGCUUUAUGUAACAAGUUUAUCACCUGUCAGAGCUCGACACUCCUCAGGUACUAUAAGUACGACCAUGUACUGAAUGUUACUCGCUGUGUAGCAAGCGCAGAGUGUGACUUAGUGUACAAGAUAAUUCCCAGGAAACGUGAAUUAGAAGUCAGGACGUGGUUGUCGAGGUAAAUAUACAAUAUACAGUGUAUAGCUUUACAUUUACACACUCAGAUUGUAACUAUGUAAUUUUUUCUUUUUUGUAAUUCUUUUUUUAUUUCAUUUUUCCGGUGAGAAAAAUAAUGAUUAAUCAAGUCUUAAUUUGUUUGUUUAAUGUAACUUUGUUCAAAUUACUUUAUAUUGUUAUUUAUGCAUGUAUGAUUUCUCACUCCAAAAUUAUUCUACAGUACUGUAGGUCACAAACUGAUGAUGUCACGUGUUUAUAAGACGUUAGUAUGUUAAUAACACUGAUUUGCAUGACAUUCUCUAUAGUGCACUCGGUGAAAAAUGUGAAAAAUUCUAUUUGCUAGAAUAAAGACGAUCCUGAACUUUAAAGAUUGAUUCCGGCUGUACAACACGCACAACUUUACACAAUAAAUAAAUAACAAUACUCACAAAAAUGACGAGUGAUGCAGUUACUGUAUUGUUUUGGCCUUGCACAGCCAGCUAUAUAACAUAAUGCUAAUUAUUAUCUGCUAAUUAGCCCCAGCCUCCCGUCCAGGCACGGAGAUCACGUGACCUGAUUAUUAUAUAUAUUAAUUUUCUUCAUCCCGACCAUCAUGGUGGACACAUUGAGACAUCUCGCUUUUUACAGAAUCUGCCAAAGAAAAACGUUUACUUGUUGGGGUUUCCGACAUCUUGUUUGUUUUGUUUGCAUCAUCAUUAAUAUUCAUUAGUGUCUGAUAAAAAUGGGUGUGGCGUGUACACCGGAUCAACCUCGUCUGUGUUCAGUCAUUUCAGUGUUUAUACAACACAUUGUGUAUUUGCUAUAGUGACUUCUCUUUAUAUAAAUUUUUUUCUUCUCUUCAUUUAAACACACAUUCUAACACACAUGUAAUGUACAUUUUGAGGACUUUGUGUCAAUCAAUAAACCACCCGAAUCAAUUUUCUCAUGAA